AUGCCAUCAAAUAGCACCGACGCCUCCAAACAUGCUGACGAGAUCCAAGUUGCCUUUUCCCACGAAGAGCUACACUCCGAUGAUGACUUAUCCCCGAAAAUACUUUCUCGAGUGAAAUUAAAGCUGAACCUUUUUAUUCUACCACUAAUAUCGAUUGUUUAUUUCUUUGCGCAAAUGGGAAGAUCAGACCUCGCCAACGCGAAAGUGGCAGGACUCUCAGAUGAGUUGAAACUCUCUCCUCGGGAUUAUUCAAAUGCGGCAACUAUUCUAUUGGUAGCCUACAUUGUUUUCCAGCUACCAGGCACGCUGUUGCUCAAACAGAUUGGGUCGGCGAGGCAGUUUGCAGGAGCCAUGAUCACCUGGGGUGCAAUUACGGCGUCGACAGUUGCCAUCCACAACAAAGGCGAGCUCCUUGCCUUGCGCUUUAUGAUCGGAGCAGCUGAGGCAUUCGUCCAAGGAGGAUAUAGCGAGCUUGCCACACGUGGAGCUAUCUUCUACUCUAUGAGCACGUUGGCAGGUGCUUUCAACGGCUUGAUCGCCUACGGUAUCGACAAGGAUAUGGAUGGCCUUCAUGGCUGGAGAGCUUGGCGCUGGAUAUUUCUAAUUGAAGGAGCUAUGCCUUGUGUAGCGGCAUUCUGUGUUUUAUUUCUACUUCCCGACAGCCCCGAGACCCUACAAUUCGGCUUUACAGCAGAGGAAAAGGCAUUGGUUGUACGUCGAAGUCGUCGCGCCCAUAACACCUCGGAGGCGAAGCUCGAAAUAAGGAAGAUUCCAUUGGUACUACUCAGUAUACAUUUCUGGCUCCUUCUUGGCAUUGCUUGCUGUGGUCAUUUCUGCGUCGGUUCGAUUUCCAACUUUCUUCCGGCAAUUAUCCAGGUGCGGUGCUCCGAUUUCCUACUAAGGCUGCAUCGAUUUCUCACAGUUUUACAGGGUUUCGGAUACAGUUCAAUCAAUACUCAGCUAUUUUCGGUCAUAGUAUACGCCUGUGCUUGUGUUGGAGUAUUAUUCUGGGCCAAGGUAGCUGACCGAACAAACGCUCGAGGUCUAACAAUGGCAGCAUCAACUUGCGGAGCGAUCGUGGGCUAUUCAUUACUCCUCGGACUAGAGAAUGAGAAAGCUAGAUUUGGCGCAACCUGUCUCGUCGCUUUCUCAGUGUACCCAAGUGUGGUUCUCCAGCUUUCCUGGGCGGCCAUGAGCUUUAUCGGCUAUACGCGAAGGUGA